UGCCAACCCCGUGUUUCGGUGUUUGAGAAAUGAGAAUUGAGGAACCAGUUUAGUUUUGAUCCCUUGAUGUGUAGGUAGUGUCGAUCUUUUUCUGUGCAUAACAAUUUGAUUAUGAUUGUUUACAAACGUAAUUUGUGGUAAUAACAUUAUAAAAGAGAAUUUACGUGAAUAUAGUCAAAGACUUGUGAACUCAAAUAGCGCAGUAAGGUCGUUUGUGUUAGUUUUCAUUCGAAUUUGUUCGUUUUAACGAGUGUAUCUUGUAUCAGAGAGGACUCGAUGUUGGACGGUGGAUGAAAAUGUGAAACAAAAUGUGCCGGUGACUGUUUGAAUAUAUCGGGGACCAAUAUUACUAAAGCUAGAAAUUAAAUUAAGACAAUGAGUUGGUUUGUGUAUCUUCUGUUGUUGCCAGCGUGCUUCGCGCAUUUGAACGUUUAUCUCAGCAGUGAAGAAGUAUGGAGAUUACUGGGUCUAACAGCAGAGCUGUAUUACGUUCGAGAAGGUCAGAUCAACUCCUACGCACUAAAUUUCAACGUGCCUGUUCCCGCUACGAUUGGAGAGUUGCAUUUCACAUGGCAAAGUCUUACGAGAAGACCGUUGCCAUACACUCUACGCGUUGAUGUGGUUUCACAUCCUGAGGCGUUGCAUCCGCCCACUUUCAACAUUCCUACUACAGGCUUUGUACCAACAGAGCCUCAGACUUGGCAGGUCGACCUGCCUUGCACGCACACCGUCGCCGCGGAAGUUGAUGUCACUAUAUCUAUGAAUAUCUCCACUGGUUCUUCAUCCACCGCGCUGCACUUCAGAAGACGGAAAAUAUGCCUUAAAGACGUUCCUCGACCAGCUGUGAGAGUCGAUAACGCGCCCCACGCGCCAACGUCAGCUGAUAUAUUCUACGCGGGAGCUGGUUGUGCUGGUGGAGCCCUAUUGAUAGCAGCAGUGGCCGCGGCCGCUUGCAGAGCUCGAGCUAGGAAGCUCCGAAGAGCUAGGAGCGAUGAACAAGACGCUCAUGCCUUUUUACCAGACUCGUCUUGCAAGUCAGCCGCCAGUUAUACCAGCUACCGCCGUCCUGCGUCGUUACCGGCAGUAGCUGCGGAAGAAAGAGCGAGAGAUCUUCAGCAAAGGAUUGCAGAAUUAACAAUACAGAGAUGUCGCGUCAGGUUACGAUCUGUUGCCAUGGAAGGCACGUUCGGCCGCGUCUAUAGAGGAACGUAUGCUGAUGAAGAUGGUAGAGAGCAAGAAGUAUUGGUCAAAACUGUAGCGGAACAUGCAUCACAAGUGCAGGUGUCGCUACUAUUACAAGAGGGCUGUAUGCUUUAUGGGCUUCACCACGACCGGGUGCUUUCCGUACUUGGUGUGAGCAUCGAAGAUCAGACGGCUCCUUUCCUACUGUACCCCUGGGGCUCCUGUUGGAAGAACCUGAAGCAGUUCCUUCUGUCAUGCCGCGGGGUCGCGAUAGGAGGCGCGGCCAGUGGCGCUCCGCCCCCCGCGCUCACCACACAGCACGUGGUUAGAAUGGCGCUCCACGCGUUGGACGGACUCUCCUAUCUUCAUUCGCAACACGUCCUCCAUAAGGAUAUCGCUGCAAGAAAUUGCGUUGUCGACGAGAACCUGCGAGUAAUGAUCGCGGACAAUGCGCUAUCCCGGGAUCUGUUCCCCGCGGACUACCACUGCCUUGGCGAUAACGAGAACCGGCCCAUCAAGUGGUUAGCCCUAGAGGCGUUGUCCAAGAAGCAGUUUAGCCCAGCAUCUGAUGUGUGGGCGCUAGGCGUGUUGCUAUGGGAACUGACGACGCUAGCUCACCAGCCGUACGCGGAGGUGGACCCGUUUGAAGUGGCCGCGUAUUUAAGGGAUGGAUACCGGUUGCAGCAGCCUGCGAAUUGCCCGGAUGAGCUGUUCGCGGUAAUGGCGUACUGCUGGGCGAUGUCCCCCGACGAUCGGCCAACUUUGCCGCAGUUGCAGAUCUUCCUCAGAGACUUCCACGCGCAGUUGACGAGAUUCGUCUAAAGUUCUAAACCAAAGACUUAGUGUUGUGCUACCAACAUUGACGGACUUAGUGUUGUGUUGUGUUACCAACAUUCACGUACGUUUUGUACGGUUACCAACUGUGAAAUGUGCCUAUCUUCGGCCCUAAGAGACUGAUGUAGUUGUAGUAUUGUCGUUUCUUAUGUUUGCUUUUGUUCUUGUUACGGGAAAUUAUGUUGAAAAUUGUUCGUUUUCUUUGAGUUAUUGUAUUGAAAGAUCAAAUUAUAAAUUUAUUGUAGAUACUUUAACGUUGACGGGGAUAAUGCUCCUCUUAUUACGUAUUUGCUUGAGUAUUUUUCCGUAGGUAUCUCGUAGUUUUAAAAGUAUUGACCUUUAUUACAUGUAAUGACUAUAUUCCAUAUAAAAGUUAUUUAUAUUGUAUUCCUGCCUCAACGUUUAAGUGUCUAUAAUUGUUAACUUAUCACAUACCGCUGUUAUUUCUAUAAAAACAAGAAAAUGACAUAUUUCGUAAAUUAAGUACGUCGUUUUCGUUUGUUAAAGUUAGAGAUUAUAAGAUUAUUUCUUAAUUUAUGAAAUGUGUCAUUUCUUUGAUACUCUUGAAGAAUAUGUAAAAUAUUCUACUUUAAACUUUCUAUAGACCCAAAACAGCAGUUGAAAAUAACAAAAAUAAUGAUAAUUCAAAGAUAAAAUGGAACUACAUUGAACAUAUUUUUACAAUGUUGGCAGCUAGCCAUAGUGUUUUAGUAAAAUUAGUUUUCAGAAGAAAGCAAAAAUUUGAGACGACAUCGGUCUUUUAUGAAACCUCAUACUGCCAUAUUAGAGUAACUAUUAUUGUAAAUAUAGUGUAUUGUAAUACGUAUAUCGAUGUGCCUCAGUUAAAUACAAAUUAUGAUUGAUGUAUAGAAAGAAAUGCUUGAUAGAAUGAAUAUUAUAGUAUGAACGAAAAUGUAAAUAGAUUGUAGAUUAUUUCGUUGAUUUAGAGGCAACUAUAGUGCCAAUUUCUAAUUCUAUCAUGUGCCAAUAAAUAAAGUGUACAA